GAAACUCCAUACCGAACAUUCAGCAGCCUCAUGAUACGGUUUACGAAUGAUACUUAUUUUAUAUCUCAAUCUGUAUAAUUAUUGUUUAAUUUAAUAUGGAUAUUUUUCAAUAGCAUGUCUAUAAAUUAUCAAUAUUCAAUAGCAGUGUUAUAAAUUAAAAAUUUGUAUUUAGUGUAAAAUUGGUUACGCACAAUAAAUUUUUUAUUUAGUUGAUCGGUCAGUUCAGUUAUAUGUAUUCAUAUUUGAGACCCAUCGUUUCAAAUGCUGAGAAAUUUUCUAAACAUUUUAAUUUACUCAAUUUAAGUAACUUAGCAAUUUUAGCAUUUCGCAGAUGCAAUACUUCAUCAGUUGAUAAUAUGGCUCCUCUAAAAAUUGGUACACACAAUGGACAUUUUCAUUGUGAUGAAGUUCUGGCCUGUUAUUUACUUAAACUUCUUCCAGAAUACAAAGAUGCUAAAAUUGAAAGGACUCGCGACCAAAAUAUUUUAGAUACUUGUGAUAUUGUAGUCGAUGUUGGAAGUGAAUAUGAUCCCAAAAUACAUAGAUAUGAUCAUCACAUGAGAGAAUUUAAUGAAUCAAUAAGUACUGUAAUAAAUAAGCCAGGCUAUACAUGCACCAUGAAAUUAAGCAGUGCUGGUUUAAUUUAUUGCCAUUUUGGACAUAGAAUUAUCAAACAGUUAGUUCCUGAAAUACAAGAUGCUGAUGAUAUCGAAAGAAUAUUUAAAAGAGUGUAUGAUAUGUUCAUCAAAGAAAUUGAUGGAAUUGAUAAUGGAAUACCCAUGUUUGAAGGAGAACCUCUGUACAGAGUACAUACUGAUAUAUCUUCAAGAGUGGGAAGAUUGAAUCUUCAGUGGAAUUCAGUCCAUCUUAAGGAAGAAGAUCAAUUUCAGAAAGCUAUGGCUUUGGUUGGAAAAGAAUUUACCUACUUUGUUGAAGUCACAGCAUGUACAUGGUUACCUGCUCGAGUACUUGUAAAACAAUCUAUUCAAAACCGUUUUGAGGUGGAUCCUAGUGGCAAGAUAGUAGAAUUAAUUAAAUCAGUGCCAUGGAAAGAACACUUAUAUGAUGUGGAAAAGGAAUUAGGCAUUGAAAAUGAAAUAAAAUUUGUCAUUUUCAAAGAUAAUAAUUAUAGAGUUCAAGGGAUACCUCAGCAAUUAGGUAGUUUUAUUUGCAGAGUAUUUUUACCCGAGCCAUGGAGAGGUAAAAGAGAUGACGACCUAAGUAGUUUAUCUGGAAUUAAAGAUUGUGUGUUUGUUCAUUCAUCUGGAUUUAUCGGAGGUAACAACACUAAGGAAGGAACUUUAGCAAUGGCUCGCUAUGCAUUGAAAUUUGGCGAAGUUGAUGAUAUUUCAUCAUAUUGAUAUGAUAGUUGAUUAAUUAUUUGUAUCUUUUGUAUAUGAAAAUAUUACACGGUUAAUUAAUCAUCUUUUGAUAAAAUUAAUUAUGUUUGUUACCUAAUAUCUGCUUCAAAUACAAAAAAAGGUCAAUAAUUAUAAUAAAAGUUAGGCACUUUUGCAAAUUAAUGCUUUUAUAUAGGAUUCUGCAAAAGCUCGAGUUUUUAUGAUAUGAAUUCGGCUGCAGCUUUUAAACACCACAAAUAAAUUUAAAGAAUACAGCCAUAUUAACCAACUGAAAAACAUAAACGAAUAAAAAUUUUUAAAGGUUCAACAAAAAUUUUGAAGUUCAUUAAUUUAACAGUUAAGACUGUACAUAAAAUUUAAUGGAUUUAAAGUUUCAAUUUAAAUGAAUUUCUACCCUUGACUCUGUGCCUGAUCAAGCUUUUGUAGGGACCUAAUUUCAAAUUUUUUAUUUUUUAAUUACAAUACUGCUAUAUAUGUUAUAUAUUUGGUUGAUUUCGUUAUGUUAAAAAUAAUGAAAUUUAGGAUGUAAUAGCAAUAAAUUUACAAGGCGUAGUUUCAUAUACCUAAAUCACGAUUAAAAAUAUAAAACUUCAGAAUAUUCGGCCCAAAAUUAUUUCCAAUGUCAACGUUUUGUGAUUGUAAAAAAGUAAAAUUGAAGCUGGAAUUUAUGGAAACUGCUUGAAAUUUUAUUUUAUUACAUACAACAAUCAUUAAAUGUAAAUAAGCGUUUAAAAAUAUCUUUGGGCACGAUGAAUAUACUGAAAAAAUUGUAAUAUGAUUAUUUUGAUUCUCCACUGUAAUUGGUUGUAGGAUAGUUUGAAAUAAUCAUGCUAGCAAUAAGGCUUCAAGAACAGUACGUUUUUUAAGAAUGAAGAGAUGAAGAAGAUGCGAUUGGUAUUUCCUUUUUAUGUUGUAAACAAGCACACCCACGGUUUCCCCAAAUCGCUAUACACACAUAAAUAAACGUAAAAUACAGUUAUAUUUUUAUCUCAUCUAAUCCUCGAUAAUUUAUGUUGCACUCUUAUGAGUUUUUCACAUAGAAUUACUUUGAUAAUACAGUAUAUGGAAGAAAUCGAAUACGAAUAAGGUGCGUGUAAGUUUUAACAGCUUGAACGUUGUUCUGUAUAUUAACAAAAUCUACCUUCAAUUAAGCAUCUGUACGCUUUAUUAAAUAGCAAUUCAACAAAUUACUAUUUAAUAUAAUAUUAAAUAAUUUGCACGACUUAAUCGUCACCAUUUUUGUAUAUUUUGGAAAAUAAUAAAUUACAUGUGCUAAAUUCACGU